GUGAGUGAAUCAGGAGCCCUCACGGACCCUGCAGACUCGGCGGCAGCCCGGUGGGGCCGCCUCCCCGGCCGCUCCCCUGCCCCCGCGCAGACUCCAGUGCGUGGCGUCUCCCGCGGGCCGACAAGUAGCUGCAACUAGGAUCCCCGGGCCGGACCGUGGCGCCCGCCGCCUCCUUCCGCUCGGAUCUCCCGCCUCCGCCCCCUGCCGCUCGCUCUUUGUCUCCCGGGCGCCCGGCCUCCCCGCCACGCGCCCCCGCAUCGCCCCUUCCCGGGAACCCCGUCGACCCAGCGGACGCGACGCUGAGCGACUCCGCCUGCCAGGCCGAGGCCCCGACCCGCGGGCCCGGCGGGGGCGGGGCGGGAGGUGGCGCUCCACCGCUCGCGCGCGCGCUCGCUCUCUCGCGCUCUCUCUCACACACUCACACACUCACACACACUCUCACACACACGCACACACACACGCACACGCACGCACACACGGAGCAUCCUCCCGUCAGGUCUCCAGGUCCAGCCCCGCCCGCGCCUCCUGCUGCCUGCAAGCCUCCCCCUGUCCCCAAACUCCCCCCACUCUCCAUUUCUCUCCGGCUCCGGGACCCUCCCCGCCGGCCCACACCCCCACCCGGGAUGGAGCGGCUUGAGCCAGCCCGGAGCCCCCCGCGGCCGGGGUGACGGUUCCUCGCCUCUCUCCUGCCCGGCCCUCGACUUGAGCACCAUGGGCCCGAGGGGUUCGCGAGGCGCCAGCCGCUGAAGAUGACCGACGCUAGAGUGUGUGGAAUUGGAAGCUAUGCAGAAAAAUAGAAGGCAGGAGAACUACCUAGGACAGCUUUCUGGAAAAGGGGACAGCUUCCCACCAAAUGAGCAAACAACAACAAAAUAUCUUGGUCCAUCCACACUCCUUCCCAGAACAUACUUGAUGCUUCUGAGCAUUGACUCCUCAUACCCUCCUGCAUCUGUGCGUCUGUCAAGAACAGUGAGAACUCUCUCUUGAGUCAUGGCUUCUUCAAAGCUCCGAGAACCCACAGAUGAGGUUUUUGAUCUGGACUUGGCUGUGCCAGAGACCACCAGACUGGACAGCAGUUUACACAAGGCCCGGGCCCAGCUGCUGGCCAAGGGCCGAAGACACCGGCCUUCCCGCUCAAGGCUUCGGGACAGUGCCAGCUCUGCUGAGGACGGUGAAGGUUCCGAUGGGCCUGGAGGCAAGGUGACCGAUGGCUGCGGGAGUCCCCUGCACCGGCUGCGCUCGCCUUUGCACUCGGGUCCGGGCUCCCCAGCCGGGGGCUCUUUCUGCCUGGAGCCUCCAGGUUUGCGGCGCAGUCUGGAUGAGGACGAGCCGCCACCUUCGCCGCUCACACGCUACCGGCCCCUGCACAACGCGGCCUCUCACGAGGGCCUGGCCGCCGCCUCCAGCUCGCCGCCGCGCUCCGCGCCCUCCUCGGACAGCUCGCCCAGCUUCGUGCGCCGCCACCCGCGCGCAGAGCCGCACAGCGAAGAUGACAGCCGGGAUGCCAGCCCUCCUGAGCCUGCCAGCCCCACCAUCGGUCUGGAUAAGAAGACUCGCCGAAAGUUCCUGGACCUGGGGGUCACCCUCCGCCGAGCAUCCACUGGCAAGAGCCGGAAGGAGAAAGGCAGCAACCGCCUGUCCAUGGGCAGCAGGGAGUCGGUGGAGGGGUCUGGUCGGUCAGGGGGCUCCCCGUUCCUGCCCUUUUCCUGGUUCACAGACAGCGGCAAGGGCUCGGCGUCCUCGGGCAGCGCCACCUCCCCCGCCUGCUCUCCUAAACACGAGGGCUUCAGUCCCAAGAAGUCAGCUUCACAGGAAUCCACCCUGAGUGACGACUCCACGCCCCCCAGCAGCAGCCCCAAGAUCCCGAGUGGUCCCCGGCAGGAGGCCAAGUGUUCCUACCCCUACCACACGCUGUCCCAGUCUUCGGAUGAGUUCCUGGAUGAACCCCUCCCUACUGUCCAGCACUGGACCAGCCAGCAGGUGGGCCAGUGGCUGCACAGUCUCAACCUGGAGCAGUACGCAGCCGAGUUCGCAGCCCGACAGGUGGAUGGGCCCCAGCUCCUGCAGCUGGACGGAAGCAAACUGAAGAGCCUGGGGCUCAGCAACUCGCAUGACCGGGCGCUAGUGAAGCGGAAGUUGAAGGAACUGGCAGCAGCUGCAGAGAAGGAGCGCAAGGCCCAGGAGAAGGCUGCGAGGCAGCGGGAGAAGCUGCGGCGCCGGGAGCAGGAGGCCAAGAAGAGCUAGAGGCGGGCAGGGUGGCACUGGCACCUGGGUGCGGGCAGCCACCAGGCUCAGCAGGCACAGGCCUCACCAGGGGGGUGGGCCUGGGCGCCAGGCUUGGGCUGGCCUGGCCCCACACUCUUGGGGGGCACAUGCCCUCUCUCACCCUGUCUGGACCCAGAGUCCCCGGGAAGGGAGACCCCAAGGAGAGGGCCCAGUAAUAAAUCCAAUUCCAAGGACUUGUUUGGCACAGAGUUCCUGGGGAGGCAGGUAGCAGCUGAAGGGAAGAGGGACAGAGAGGCCCGGGCUGAUGUAAGUCCAGAAACCCAGAGGAGCUGGGGUCAGGCUGGCCCUCUGCCCUCGGCCAGUGUGGUGCUGGGCAUGAAGUGAGCUAGGGUGCCUGCCUGCCUCCCAGAGGCCCUGCACCCAGCAGGGUCUCCAGCUCAGAGGGUAGUCUGGGCAUCUCAGCAGGGGGACAGAGCUGUGCCUCUCCAGCUCUUUAAGGUGGCUGUGUUGGGGGAGAGCUGUUCUGCUCCCCAGGUAGAUCAGUGGGCAUUACAGCAAGUUGCACUCAGGGUAGACUCCCAGACUCAACAGGAGAGUAGAGAGAGCAGGAAGAGAUGACUGUGGCCUCUGCAAGGAUUAGGAGAAGACAUGGAGGACCAAAACCCCUUUUCUCCUUCCCUGUCCUGUGAGUCCCAAUGCAAGGAUGGCAUCCAGGCAGGGCGGCAGGUCUGCCCCUCUGGGGCCCACUCAAGAGUGGGUCUCUCUUGUGCUGGCGAUAGAGCCCAUCACGUAGAGUGCCCGCCUCGCAUGCGCAAGGCCCAGGUUCGAGUCCCCAGCACUGUGGCAUCGUGGAAAUAAGAGUGGGUCUCUCACCUGCUCUCCAGCCAGGACUCCUCCUCCUGCUCCCUCAGAGAGCACCCGAGCCCUUGCUGGGGGCAGAACACACUUGGGAGCAGUGGCAUCAGAGCCCGCCCAGUGCCUCAGCCAGCUGAACCCCAGCACUUCACCCCAGCCAGCAGAGGCCAAGUCUGGGGUCACCUGGAAGCUGCUGGAUUGGAAGGGUCCACUGGUGCUCCCCAUCGGCCCCAGUCAGUGAGGAGCUCAGGGGGCUCUAGAACUGGCAGGCCGUGCAGGCUGCAGCUCACGGGCUGCAGAGAGGUCCAGGAAUAACCCCUGGGUGGGGAUGGCAUCUGUCCUUUUUGGAAAGUGUCCAGAGACAGGUUGUCCAGGUACCAUGCUGGCCGGCAGCCAGCCCAGCUUCUGGGGCCUUCAUUAGACCUACCAAUGGAGCCAGGGGCUUCUGACUAGAAACCCCUCACCCCACUGUCUGCCUGGAGUGGCGGACGGGACCAGUGCAUGCUGACCCCAUUCCUGCCCAGGGGCUGUGGCUCAGGGCCAGGGUCCCCUCCCUGAGACCAGCGCUCUCCUCCCCUCUGCCAUCAGGCUGGGAGUGGGGCUCCAGGGACAAGGAGCAGUUGGGGGCACUGGCACCACCUGGGCCUGGCAGAGGGACUGGUGGGAGGCGGGAAGGCAUGUGUGUCCUUGAAGCCAUCAGAAGCUACCGUGGGUGUCCACCUGCAUGUGAAGGGGGGAGGCAGUUCUCAAUUUCUUUCAAUAAACAUUUACGAUGUGC